GCUGACCCUGAUGUGCAUGUGUCUCCUGCUGGGAUCUUCAUUAGCAGCGGUUGCGUCUCGUUCCUCAUCUUUUGUGGGGGAGUAUGGAGCAGGGGGAGGAACUGCCUACUCAUUUUCUGGGGAGCAGCUGAAUGGACAUAUCACAGCCUUGAGAGUGAGAGAGAAUGUCAAUCAUAUAUUAGGUUUGCAGUUUCGCUAUGGCAGACAAUGGAGCCCAUAUUAUGGAAACGCAGCGGGAACCCUGCAUGAAGUAGAGCUGUAUCCCGGGGAGAACAUCACACAGGUGUCUGGAAAGGUGGCAGCCUACGUUAACGAGUUAAUAUUUGUGACCAGCCAUGGACGUCUGUUACGCUUUGGUCAACCCUCUGGCACCAGUUUCAAUGACUUUCCCCUGUUUCCUGGUACUAUACUCCGAUAUGUGAGUGGGCGUUACUCCACAGUCAUACAUAGCAUUGGCUUCCAUUGGGGUUAUUGUAUCAAAUGUAACGACCUCUCCUAAACAAGUGUGACCAUAUCUAACACCACACUAGGGCAGUGGCUUUUGUAAAAGGGAUAUGAAAGGUUUCUUUGUGAUUCAGACAGAUCAUACAAUCUUAAAAAAGUUCUCAAAUUGAUUUUAUUAUUACAUUUUCUACCUCCACUGUAUUCUUUGUUGAAGAGAUACUUAGGUAGGCGUCUGGAGUACUAGAUGUGAGGAAAUAGUGCUGCCAUCUAGUGCUCUGGCAAAUGGUUAACAUUUUUGCGAAAACUGCUGCCAUAUAGUGCUCCACACACAUGCACGCUCCUCAGCUUACAUCCCUGCUUUUCAACAAAAGAUAUUAAGAGUAAUGUAGAAAAUGUAAUAAUAGAAGUUAAUUUUUAAAAUUGUAUGUUCUAUUUGAAACAUGAAAGAAAAGGUUUGUGUUUCCUACACCUUUAAUCUUUGUGCCCUGACAGCUCUUCCUGACAACACUGGUUAUACUGCAAACUUCUCUGACUAAUUCUGAACAAAUCAGCAAUAGAAAUUAAUAAAUACCAAUAGGCAAUUCACAGAAAUAUUUGUCACCUGAAAGUCUGCCUUGCUGAUGAAAGAGAUUGCACCAUUGCAGGAUUCGUUUGAGAGAUCAGUUACUUAUUGAAUUCCUAACCUUUCCUAUUUUGUUAUUUUUGUUCCUACCACAAAUUGUACAAAGUAUUAAAGAUGCUUUUCUCUGUCUGAAACGGGACAUUUUUAUUGAUAA